CACCUGGAGUUUGCCUGUAAGCUCAGAGAGAUGUGGUUGGCUAUCCAGAACCUCCAAGUAUUCCAGGUCCUGCAGCUGAUGAAGCUAUCCUACCUUGUCUUUAAACCAGCUGUUAAGCGAUCCUUGGAAGCACUGCAAAGAUGCCCAGGGAAGACAGGGCCACGUGGAAGUCCAACUAUUUUUUGAAAAUCAUCCAACUUUUGGAUGACUAUCCAAAAUGCUUCAUUGUGGGGGCAGACAAUGUGGGCUCCAAGCAGAUGCAGACCAUCCGUCUGUCUCUGCGUGGAAAGGCCGUGGUGCUUAUGGGUAAAAACACCAUGAUGCGCAAAGCUAUCCGUGGCCACCUGGAGAACAAUCCUGCCCUGGAGAAGCUUCUGCCUCAUAUUAAAGGAAAUGUGGGCUUUGUCUUCACCAAGGAGGAUUUGGCUGAGGUCAGGGACCUGCUGCUGGCCAACAAGGUGCCAGCAGCUGCCCGUGCUGGAGCCAUUGCCCCCUGUGAUGUGACUGUGCCUGCCCAGAACACUGGUCUGGGUCCUGAGAAGACCUCAUUCUUCCAGGCUCUGGGCAUCACCACAAAGAUCUCCAGGGGAACCAUUGAAAUCUUGAGCGAUGUCAGUUUGAUCAAGACUGGUGACAAGGUUGGUGCCAGCGAGGCCACCCUGCUCAACAUGCUGAACAUCUCGCCCUUCUCCUACGGGCUCAUCAUUCAGCAGGUGUAUGAUAACGGCAGUGUUUACAGCCCAGAGGUGCUUGACAUAACGGAGGCAUCUCUGCAUGCUAGGUUCCUGGAGGGUGUGAGGAACAUCGCUAGUGUUUGUCUGGAGAUUGGCUACCCCACUUUGGCCUCUGUUCCCCACUCCAUCAUCGAUGGCUACAAGAGAGUCCUGGCUGUCGCUGUGGAAACAGACUACUCCUUUCCCCUGGCAGACAAGGUCAAAGCCUUCCUGGCUGACCCAUCUGCUUUUGCUGCUAUUGCAGCACCUGUAGUAGCCGCUGAGACUGCUGCAGCUCCAGCUGCUGCUAAGGAAGAGGUCAAGGAGGAGUCUGAGGAAUCAGAUGAUGACAUGGGCUUUGGUCUGUUUGACUAAGACACCAAACAGAACCUGAUUUGAGUCAAAUAAAACCAUGAUUCAGUAAAAAAAAA